AUGGAUUCCUUCAUGCAACUGCCCGAAGCCAACCAGGCUGGGAACGGUAUGCCACCAAACUGGCAUGCCAUCACCCAAGCCGUGAAGGGCGUGCAAGACAUCCUAAAGGAGAUGACGAGAAAGGAGCAAGUGAAGAAAGAAAAAGAGGAGCGCGAAGAGAUAGUCACCGAUCUCGAGCGCAUCCUCAACAAAGCCCUAAAGCUAGGAGUUGAAGUGAGUGCCACAGCCCUAAGCAGGGUCGGGAUCGAGAUGAAACAUCUGCCACUCGCCUGGGAGCAUAUGAUCAUAGACCCCCAGAGCCUGAACACAGAUUUCUUCUUCAAACCCAUGCCUGUGGAAAACAUCCGAGAGCAUGCACAGAUCCUGGUCCCUGCUGAUGAUUCUGACCAUGUCCCGGACGUUGAGGACAGCCAAGGUCCGGCCCAGACUUUGGGGGACGCCCCGGAAUCUGACCCAGUCGGACUAGACCAGAGCUCAGACUACGAUGGGGAUGUGGACUCGGACGGUGAGAGUAACUUUUGGGACGAUAGAGGCAUUGACGAUAUCUGCCCUAUCCUGAACCCAGACACUGAGGAUGGCGACCUGCUUCCGGAUGAUGUGUCUGAGGAAUACCAGGCCAUCAGCUCCUGGCUGGCCGGGAUAGAGGAUCAGGUAGAGCUAACAACUCAGUGGCCUGUCCUGGACUCCCGUGCCGAUGCUAUGGACAGGCUUCACAUCGACACAGCGUCCAGAGUCUGGCGAACGUUUGCCGAACUAGACAGGCAAUACUCCCCGGACAGCAGUAAUGUCAUCAGCCUUGUCAGCGCCACAAGCUGGCGCGACCCGUUACGGCUCCAAAAACCAGACAACGUUUUUGGCCGCUACACAAAUGCAAACUCUGAAAUCACCGUCCCCUGGGAGUACACUCCCACCCACAGGUGGUUCGUCCAGAGUGCAUUUGUCGCGACAGAGGGUGAGCCUCACGAACAGUUUAUCGUGGCGAGCCCCGGCCCUGACGACUUCUCCGGCGGCCUUGUACGCAGCGAGAUCAUAACAAUCCUGACGGCAAUGAUCACGCGGUACAAGAGCGGCCGUCCAUAUAUCAAGAGGCAGAAAGUCAUGCCAGUUAUGCUCAUCUCUAUAAUCAGGGACGUUGUACGGGUAGUACAAGCCCACUACAACGGACAGAAUGUCGUUGUUAGGGUUUCCCAGGCCAACAACCCUGAGAUCAUGACAGAGGGCAACGGGUAUGAGCUUUUCGCCAGGUAUCUUGCAUCAACCCCUGUUGGAGAUACCGAGGAGUACCCCAUGACCGCGCUAGAUAUACAGCCGGCGUGGGGAGUAAAGAGGACAAGUGAAGAUGCCGAGCUUGAGGAGGCAUCGCCUUCUAUCAAGAAACCUCGACUCGGCAUUGGAUCUUGUGAUUGA